UCUGGUCGAUGACUAAGUUAUACUAUUCGCUGAAGAGAGCUGGAGUACGCUACUGUGCGCUAGUAAUUAUAGCUCGCAAGGAAAAGUUUGUUGGAAGUCAGAGACAAAUCUGGAUAUAUUUUCUGAAAACAUUUAUAUAUUCUUUCUUGAUUCAUGUCACGUUGGAAUUGGGGACCUCAUUUUAAAAUGAACUUUAAAAUGACGGUUAUAAUCGCGUGCCUAAUCCUCCCCGUGGCUGCGGAGGUUGCGGACCAGGGGCUGAAUCGGCCACGGAAUGAGGAAUGGAACAAGACUGCCCCGCAGAUCCAGUGUAUUGAAAACCGACAGUAUGCGCAUGACGGCCGCUGCUGCAACAACUGCGAAGCUGGUACCUAUGUGAAAACGCCCUGUGAGAAGGCCUCGGAAGUAGGCGUCUGCGCUCCCUGUGAACCCAGAACGUACACAGAACACGCGACUGGGAUGGAUCGCUGCCUGACCUGCACACCGUGCCACAGGGAUCAAGAGGAGAUAGUGCCCUGCACCGCGACUCAGAACGCGCAGUGUCAGUGCAAACGUGGCUCCUUCUGUGAGAUGGACAAACCAUGUGAGGUGUGCAAAAAGUGUGCCAAGUGUAAAGAGGAUGAGGAGAAGGUUCAGAACUGCACCCGCACCUUGAACACCGUGUGUAGAAAAAAGCAAUCCCCCAUCUCUCCUAUCCCCACUGACCCUGUGACCCCCACUAUAAGCUCCCCCACUGAUGCCACUGUUCCAGCGGUUAUCUUCGUGAUGUGUGUACUGGUUCUCAUUGGAAUUGCUGCUGCUGUCUUGUGGUGUUGGCGGAGAAGGCGGUCUGGUGAAAGGACAGAAACCCCAAGUGAUCCGAGUGAAGAGGUGAAGAUCAAUAUGGUCGACCAGUGCCACGGCGCGCCGGAGGAGGCGCGGGACGGCCGGAGCGCGGGGGAGCCGCGGCAGGAGUCGCAGCCACUGCUGCAGGAGACGCAGGUCGUGCACGCCAAGUCCGUGCCCGUGGAGGACGAGGACAGGGGGCUGGGCGACAGCCUGCCCAACACCACCAACUCCUCCCAGACCAGCCUGUCUGCCCCGCCCACCGUGCCGUCCUGCGGCAGCUCGCCUCGCCACAGCCCCGCCCCUAACAGGCUGCCUGUCUGUCAGGGGGAGAGAAGAAUCAUUUCUUUGAGUGGUGAUGACUCACUAAAGAAGAGUUUUGACAUUUUUGAAGAAUUUUUGGAGCUAAAAAUUCACAAAAGGUUUUUCAGGGCUAUUGGUCUGAGCGACAACAUGAUCGAGAACGCUCGCGCUGAAGAUAAAGUGUACGAGCUCCUGAAGGCCUGGAUGCAGAAGCAGGGCCGCGAAGCCGACAUUAACGACCUCCUCAAUACGCUGCGUGACUUGGAUCAGAAGCUUUCCGCUGAAAACAUAAGUUUAAGGGCAGUUGAAAAGGGGUAUUACAGAUAUGAAGACGAGAGCAAUUAAUUGUCCUUGAAGAUCAAAAAAAAAGAACACGAUGGAAUGUGAGGUGUAAGAGAAGGGCCUUGUACAAGAACUGCAGUGUUGUUUGUGCAGGGUCCUGUGCCAUGGAAAAUGACCAAUGGUCAAAGUUUCCUAAUGGGUAAAUUACCUCUGACAGGGGAAGCAUGCUCUCUCUCCUACUCUACAUGGACCCUGUGCGCUGCACCGUGCUGAUUGGUGCGGGUGAAGUGUACGGGGGGUGGGUAUACACUGGCUCUGAGGGAGCGUCAUGAUGCCUCCACACUGCUGUUUACCCUGGAUAUACUUGACACAUUGGUAUUCUAACUGCAUUAGCCAUUUUGAAAUGGCGGAAAAUGCAGAUGUUUUGCGCAUAGCUGUAGUUACUUCAGCGAUGUUUGGACUGCGCACAUUUUUCAGUUUGUUUAAUGUCUGGUGUCUCAGUGCACUCGUGGGAAAUAGCAAAGAACAACAGAUGAGUUUUCAGACAAGAAUACAUCCUUAGAGCAACAGUGGCCAUGGUCUGUAUGGGAUCACAGGUUUUCAGCCAUGGACAGGAUGUAUUUAGCUGUCAUAACAGUCUGUUUAACCAGUCUCUCUUAACUUUAAGGAUAUAUUUCUGUUAUUUAUUAUGAAGUAUUUAUUUGUAAUAAUUGGCUAUCCAAUGAAAGUUAAUUCCGUUUUGAGCACCAUACUGAAAGUGUUGAAGUGUUUAGUACACCGAUGCUUUCUGUAUGAUACCUUAGCAAAUGGUAGUGUACUUUGGCAUUAAGUGAUCAAAAAAGUAGGUCGUGUCAUUAGGCGUACUCUGCCGGCUGUAUCGAUCACUCAGCAGUUGCAGAACAGAUUGUCUGGAUUGAUAUUAGUUCUGCACAGGAAUAGCAGACUGGUAUGUUGUCGGUGGUCAACACAUAAAUAGCAGGUAGUUUUUACUGAAAUCAGGCCCGUGGCGUGUUGAUAACUGACAUGCUAUUGACAAUCUAACAAGCACUUGUGGAUCUCUCCAAAUUGCCUUCAAUGAGGAGGACUGGAUUCAUCCUACCACGAAGGAACAAAACUAAAUAUGUUUUAUGUAUCAUUUAGUUUUGAUUUUAAUUCAGUGGAUGUAACUGACUCUAAAAAUGGAGCGGGACUGGAAACACACAUUCAGCCUGUCAAAACUUUUUCACCUAGUGUCUUUUGCAGUGGAAUUGUGCUUCCAUAUGCUGCUUCAUAUGAUAAUAUAUGAGACAAUGCACUUAACUGGUGUAUUUAGUUCUUUUUUCAGAAUAAUAUUUUGUCCAACUGGAUCACAUAGAGUAGCGCAGUGCAGGAGAAUGUUGGAGCAGUGUCGAGGCUGUCUGGAAGAUGCAGGUACUGCCACCUGUUGGACUGAAUUAUAUGCCUUUCUCUCUAUUGUGAAACAAAAAUACAGCCUGCAGGGCUUUGAAGGGUGGUUCUUUUUUAUUGUGACAAAUUAUUUGUUCUGCAAAUGUUAUUUAUUUUUAAGGAUAUCUUUUGCUUUACAUUUUGAGAAACCUUAUAUGUUUGAUGUCAUAUAAUUUAUCUUUUGUCAAAUUCAAAUAAAGAUUUGAUAGCCAGCUAACAAUUAGUCUUGCAGGUUUUUCUAGAUGAUGCUUAGAUUUUUCUAACCAAUUUCAAAUGUUUUUUUUAAAUAUGAAUUUAAAAAAGAAGAAAAUAAUGCAUUUGUUAGUAUUCUAACCAUUUUGACAGUUGUCUGCCAUUGUGUACACAAACCUGAGGAAAUGAUGUAUUUGUAAAGAGAGUUGGUACUGCCUAUUCAAAAUAAAAAUUGUAUAUGAAUGUACU